GUACCUUCUCUCUACCAUUUCCCCUCUCUGAAUUUAUUGAGUUUCACAUGUUCUUCAGUUUCUCUUCUCGCAUGACGGGCGUUAGAACAGUUACAGUCUUCGGCAUGGACAAAAGCCCGUAGAUGGUAGAUCUGAGAAAUAGACUAGGUGUGUUUCUGACUUGUUCUUUGUAGCAAGAUGUCCUCUACUUUGUCUUGUUUUUUUUUCUCGCUAAAAUCUAUUUUCUUAUUGUCUAUUACCAAAACUAAUUUUUAUUGAUGUUGAUUUCGACCAUUAGUUUCCUCUAUUUUUUACUCUAAUAGUAUUCUAUUGUAGAGUAAAAAAUAGAAUGAAAAAUAAAAAACAAAAAACUCUAUAUUUAGAGUAAAUAUAUUUUUUCACUCUAUUAUAAAGUAAAAAAUAUAGUUCUAUUGAAACAAUUUUACUCUAAACUUUUUUUUUUUUGAACAAACUCUAAACUCUAUUUUAAAAUAAAAAUAUACGGAUUUAGAGAUGCCUUUAUUGAUUCACUAAGUCCUUCUUCUACGCUUUUUGUAUUUAAGAAUAAGUUAAAUUAAAAUAUAGACUAGAAUAUUAAAAUAGGUUGUAGAAUCUAUUAACAAAAACAAAGCUAAAAAGUUACUUUUCUUGAUAUAUUUGAAAACCUAAAAUCAGAAUUUUCAAAUCCCUCUCUCAAAUUGAGAGGAGUAGUAUUUUCAAUGAUCAUAAAAGAAAUUUGUCAGUUUUUAUUCGAAAAUUGGAACAAAAUUUACUUUUUAGUAUUUAUUUCAUGGAAAAUGUAUUAACUGACAAGAUAUUUCAUCAUAACUUUGCUUGGAAAAUUUCCAUGUUCGAUCUUUUCUUCCUUUAAAUAUUAUAAAAGAAGAAAUAAAUAAAUAAAAUUUUCCUUUUAAAAGAUAAAAUAAAAAGACUUUUCCCUUUUAUUAAACAGAAAAAGGCCGCUUGAAGUUUCAAAUUAAAUGAUGAAUGUGUCUGUCUAAAUUCAAAAACCGUUUUUGUCAUCUUCCUCUCAGUUCUCAGAUGAUGAAAGUUUCAGACUCGAAUUCCCCGACAGGAGUUCUCGAAGAGUUCUUCAGAACCGAAGAAUUCGAAAGCUCCCAGACUACAACAACCAAUAAGAACCCUUCCUCCUCCUCCUCCCGUUUCCGCAGGGUUGUUCAUCUUCUAAGAAGCACGUCCAAAAAAUCGCUAGAGAAUCUGAAGGUCCCGUUUCAGUACAACAAUGCCGUUACAAGCUCAUUGAGAAGAUGCAGUAGCUUGAGAGACAGUCUCAGAUUUGGCUCCUCCAGUGAUUCUCCCGUUCUUGCACACUCUCCUCGAAGAAUCUUUUCUUUUUCUGAUCUCAAAAUUGCCACCAACAAUUUCGCUCCAGAUAAUCUAAUUGGAAAAGGAGGUUAUGCUGAAGUUUACAAGGGGAAGUUUUCAAAUGGACAAAUGGUAGCCAUAAAACGGCUUAUGCGUGGAAACAGCGAAGAGAUCAUUGUAGAUUUUCUAUCAGAGAUGGGUAUAAUGGCACAUGUUAACCAUCCAAAUAUAGCGAAGCUUUUAGGCUAUGGUGUCGAAGGAGGAAUGCACCUUGUUCUUGAGUUGUCACCUCAUGGGAGCUUAGCUUCUAUGCUUUAUAGCUCAAAGGAGAAGAUGAAAUGGAGCAUCAGGUACAAAAUAGCUUUGGGAGUUGCAGAGGGCUUGGUGUAUCUUCACAGUGGAUGUCACAGGAGAAUUAUUCACAGAGAUAUCAAAGCCGCAAACAUUCUUCUCACGCAUGAUUUUUUGCCUCAGAUAUGCGACUUUGGGCUUGCGAAGUGGCUACCUGAACAUUGGACACACCAUAUAGUUUCCAAAUUUGAGGGCACAUUUGGAUAUCUUGCUCCUGAGUACUUAACACAUGGGAUAGUAGAUGAAAAGACUGAUGUAUUCGCCUUGGGUGUACUUUUACUAGAACUUGUUACUGGACGACGAGCUCUUGACUACUCCAAGCAAAGUCUUGUUCUAUGGGCUAAACCAUUGAUGAAGAAGAACAAAAUUAGAGAGCUAAUUGAUCCAUCUUUAGCGGGCGAAUAUGAAUGGACCCAGAUUAAGCUUGUGCUUUUGGCUGCUUCGUUAUCAAUCCAAGAGUCAUCUAUAGAGAGGCCUGGGAUGAGUCAGGUCGUUGAGAUCCUCAAAGGCAACUUGAACGAUCUCAAGUGCAUCAUGAAAUGCAGAGUUCCCUUUUAUCGAAAAGCUUUUAGAGAUGAGAACAUGUCAAGAAAUAUUGAGAAAAUUAGAUCUUGAAGAAAGGAAAUAGAUGAAACUCAACAAAGGGAAAAGAAGAGAUAUAGAUGGCUUACAUCAUUUUUGAAUAAAAAUUCGUUAUGCAUCACUUGUCAACAAGAUAUUAAUGGAAAUGGUAAGCACAUAUAGUGAGUGUAUUCUUUGUAAAUUUUCUUUAUUUAUUGAAAGCAUACAAGUAUUAGUAAGCGGCAAAGGCAUAGCUUGAGUUAAUUUGUAUGAUAAGGCCGGUCCUGAGCUAAAACGAAUAAAACCUUUGCUUUAGGUUCCAAAAUUAUGUUAUACUUAUAUUUUAGGGGCAACAGUUUAACUAAAUAGGCAAUGGUGUAGUAGUUGGUGCUGUAUAACUUGUGUUACGGAAGUGGUGGCUUUGAUUUUAUACUUUUACAUUUUUAUAGGCUAUAUAUUUUAUUAAAGGAUUUAAAGUUGUUGGGCUUUAGGCGUCACAUGGUGCUGGACGGGACCUGACGUAUUGCAGGCAUUCUGAUAAUCUGUUUCAAAAUUGGACACUUUUUUCCUUAUAAUUUGUGUGUGCGUGAAAUCAGCACAAGUGUCACAUAUGUGUUUUUAACACUUUUAGUUUAUUAAACAAACUUCUUGGGAUGAACACAAGUUGGAUACUUUUCAUUUUUUGGUAUAUUUGAUAUUUGAUUUGUCUUGUAAGAAUAAUAUAAAUUCAUACUUGUA